AGAGAGAGAGAGAGAGGAGGGAGGAGGGAGAAGGGGGAUGAUUUAGGCUAUUAUGAAAGGAAGAUAGAGACAGAGUGAGGAAGAGAGAUCGUGUCGAGCAGACGACAACAUCCUUAUUGCGACGGGGGCUGCAGUUGCCUAAAGAGAGAGGAAAAACCUCGUAACGUUAGAAAAGGCCAGUGGCUGUUAUUGACGCAGCGCGCGGCACCAGCAGCGUCACCGGAGGAGGCUGAGAGACGCGAGCACGUCUUCAUUCAAAUCUUUUUACAAAGGAGCUGAAAGGCCGCUUUCUUUUUUCUGGGUGUGGUUGCAGUAAGAGGAUGAGGAUUCUGUUGUGUCUGCUGUCUCUCAGCUCUCUGGCUCUGAGCUACGCUUUGGGUGGAGAUGUGUGUGUGUCGGGUCAUGACAGUGGGCCUGUGUUUGAGGAGCAGCCGUCUAGUCUGAUUUACCCGGAGGGGAUGCCAGAAGGCAAGGUGACCCUGAGCUGCCAGGCUCGCGCCAGCCCUGCUGCUAUUUACCGGUGGCGUGUGAACGGCACUGAAAUUGUAUUUGCCGAGGAUUCACACUACAUGCAGGUCGCAGGAAACCUUGUCAUCAAUAACCCUCAGAAUGGGCGAGACGGUGGGUCAUACCAGUGUCUCGCCAUCAACCGCUGUGGCACCAUUGUUAGCCGAGUGGCUAACCUCAAAUUUGGCUACCUCCAUGAUUUCCCCCCUGAGAGCAGAAGCCCUCAGACGGUCCAUGAAGGUGCAGGAACCUUUCUUGCCUGUCAGCCACCAGCUCAUUAUCCAGCUUUGUCCUACCGCUGGUUCAUCAACGAGUUCCCCAACUUCAUCCAGCCAGAGGGUGGCAGAUGGUUUGUUUCUCAGGUGACGGGAAACUUAUACCUUGCUAAUGCAAGAGCCAACGACACGGCCAAUUAUUUCUGCUUCACCACCAUCAACAUGGAUAUCAGCACCAAGAGCAUCUUCAGUAAAGCUGUCCAGCUCACUGUUUACCCUGAUGCAAACCCAAGGAAAACUGCUCCAAAUGUCCGAGUGCGCUUUCCAGCCGAGACAUAUGCAUUAUCGGGACAAACUGCACAGCUGGAAUGCUUUGCCUAUGGCAAUCCCAUUCCUAAAAUCCGCUGGAGGAAGGUGGAUGGGAUUUUACCACCUAAGGUCGGAGCAAGUGCAGAGGGACCCACGCUGAUUAUUCCUGAACUGAAUUUUGAUGAUGAGGGCAUGUAUGAGUGUGAGGUUUACAACUCAGAGGGCCGUGAGACACUUCAGGGACGCGUCUCUGUGCAAGCCCAGCCUGAGUGGCUUCAAGUCAUGAGCGACUCUGAGGUGGAAAUCAGUUCAGAGCUGCAUUGGAGCUGUGCUGCUGCGGGCAAACCAAGACCCACCAUUCGCUGGCUCCGUAAUGGACAGCCCCUCUCCACACAGGACCGGGUGGAAGUGAAUAACGGGCGACUGAAGAUCGGUAACCUCGCUUUGGAGGAUUCUGGGAUGUAUCAGUGUGUGGCCGAAAACAAACACGGCACCGUUUACUCAAAUGCUGAGCUCAGAGUUCAGGUCCAGGCUCCAGACUUCAGGUUAAAUCCAGUGAGGAGACUGGUUCCUGCUGCCCGUGGCGGACAAGUGAAAAUGGAGUGUAAACCUCGGGCAGCUCCUAAACCCACUCUCUUUUGGAGCCGUGGCACAGAACUACUGACCAAUAGUACCAGGAUAACAGUUACUCCAGAUGGGGUUCUGUGGAUCUACAAUAUCAGUCGUGCCGAUGAGGGAAAGUACACCUGCUUCGCAGAAAACUAUCUUGGCAAAGCUAACAGCACAGGACACCUGUCUGUCAGAGAUGCCACAAAAAUCACAUUGGCACCCUCUAAUGCUGACAUCAAUCAGGGUGAAAAUGCCACGCUGCAGUGCCAUGCGUCACAUGACCCUACUAUGGAUCUCACCUUCACCUGGUCCCUCAAUGGAGUUCUGCUUGACCUUGAGGAACCAAGUGGACACUAUCGGCGUAUGGAGGGGAAAGAGACGAUUGGUGACCUGUUGAUAGUAAAUGGACAGCUCAGUCACGCUGGCACAUACACGUGCACGGCCCAGACGGUGGUGGACAGUGCUGUGGCCUCGGCCAAGCUGGUCGUGAGGGGCCCACCAGGACCCCCUGGAGGUUUAGUGGUGACUAGUGUCAAUGACACAUCUGUUGAGCUGAGAUGGAGCCGUGGAUAUGACAACCACAGUCCCAUUGGCAAGUAUGUCAUCUUGGGCCGAUCCUCACAGACUCAUGACUGGAAGAGGAUGAGAACAGACCCUGCCAACAUAGAGGGAAAUGCUGAGUCAGCACGUGUGAUAGAUCUUCGUCCCUGGAUGGAUUAUGAAUUCCAGGUCAUUGCCAGCAACAUUUUGGGUAGUGGAGAACCAAGCAUGCCCUCCCAGUCUGUCCGAACCAAACAAGCAGCACCCACUGUGGCUCCCAGUGGACUUGGUGGAGGUGGAGGAAACCGUAAUGAACUUAUAAUUACAUGGACUCCCAUGGCCAGGGAGUAUCAGAAUGGAGAUGGCUUUGGAUAUAUCCUGGCAUUCAGAAAGCAAGGCAUAACAACGUGGAUGGUGGUGAGAGUCCCACACGUGGAGUCAUCACGAUAUGUCUACAGUAAUGAGAGUCUGUCAGCCUACUGCCCUUUUGAGGUCAGAAUCAAGGCCUACAACAAGAAAGGAGAAGGUCCCUUCAGCCAGAUUGCUGUGGUACAUUCUGCAGAAGAGGAACCUACCAUAUCCCCAAGAAGGAUUAAUGCCACAGCUCUGACAGCUUUUGAGAUUCAGGUGUCCUGGGACCCCAUUCAACAUCUGAACAUUAAUGGAGUUCUUCGGGGUUAUGAGAUUCGUUAUUGGCGACAACAUGAACGUGAGGCAGCUGCUGACCGAGUGAGAACAGCAGGGCUGGAGAACACUGCACGAGUCAUGGGUCUGAGGCCUAACACUCUCUAUCACGUCACUGUGUUGGCCUACAACAGCGCAGGCACCGGCCCACCCUCCCCAAGAACCACCGUCGUCACCAAGAAACCUCCCCCCAACCGUCCUCCAGGUAACGUCUCAUGGAAGGCUGCAGGUUCUUGGGUUACUGUGAGGUGGGAUCAUGUUAAAUCCAUGGACAAUGAGUCUGCCGUUCUGGGUUACAAAGUUCUUUACAAGCAUGAAGGGCAGUCUUCCUUGAAGAUACUGGAGAAAAGCAAGAACUCCAUCACUCUGCCGUUACCCAAGGACAAUGGUUAUGUGGUUCUGGAAAUCCGCUCUUGGGGAGAUGGAGGAGACGGAGCAGCCCAUGAAGCAAUAGUGUCUCAAGAUUCAGGCACAGGAAUGAUGGUCCAAAACAGUUCUGGCACGUCCGGGUCCCUCUGCACAUCUGUUGUGUUGUUCAGUGCAUUCGUUCUCAUUGGCUCGUCUGGACUGUGAUGCUAGCCAGUGAUGAGGCAUUUCUUGUUUAUAUCAAAGAGAAUUGAGCAGGUUUUCCUCAUAAGGGGCAGGGCUGUGGGUUGGGGUUUUUUUGAUGAGGGCUGUUGGAAUGGAUGCGUGGGGUGUAAAGUUUAAGAAGUGUGCGGAGUGGAAGGUUCUUUUGUAUAAAAAGGCUUUUUUACAAGGAUGAUUGGUUAAAGAGAGUUGUAGUUGGAGACUUUUUUGAUUGUUCUAAUUUUAGACGCUUGCCUUAGACGCUCAGAAACUCAAACUUGAGCGGUGAUCAUGUCAGCAUUUGGUUGUAGUUUCUAAAAUUCAACAACAGCUCUGACUUAUUGAUUUCAUCGUAAGUGUAAAUACACAUUGGAUGUGUUGGUGACAUUUCCAUAAUGGAUGAAACAAAACUUUUUUUAAUACUUGGUUGCUACUUCAUGGCAGCAUGUAGACUGCAAAAAGAUCCAAAUGAAUGUUUACCUUUUUUAUUUGAUAUUUAUGUUUUUUGUGUGUCUCUGUAAUUGGAAAAAGAUCAGGAUUGGAUCAGGAUUUUUAUUAACAGGGUUUUGUAUCUGUGUUGAAUGAUUGUAGCAUUCUGCCUCCCUCAGUGUUCUAGUUUUUAAAGAUGAAAGGUCUCACGAAAGCACGACAGAACCCGAUCCUUGUGUGGUUGUUAAAGUGGGCUUGGCUUGCCAAAAUUAUCACUCUGUUAUCUCAUUGUUAUUGCUUUGUCUUUUUCCUCAAGGAUUACAUAAAAUUGACGUCCAUGGGCUGUUAAUUUCUCUCUUGGCACACUGCAAGAACGAGACUAUGAACAUUGAACAAUGCUGAAGAUAACAUUCAUGGACAAACAAGUUAAUUAUUAUCCUAUAAUAUUAUUAUAUUAUUAUCCUUUGUUUCGUUUUCUUACAAGAACUGAUCUUGUAUGGCUAAAUUUUCGGAGACUGUCCUUAAUGGUGCACAGACAUCUUACCUAACUUUAAGUGACAAGGUCCAUUUGUCAAAAAGAAUCAGGAGGCGUGUUCUGGUAGCAUAAAAUUAGAUUAUGAGCAGGGUUGCCCAAUAGCAUUUUGAGGGGUUCCCCCAUUAAAAAUCAUGUCCUGGGGGUAAAAUCCUUUUUUUGGGUUAAGUAAAAUUAGCAUUUCAGUGGCUAAUUAUCACAUUAUUGGGGUUGCCUUAACCCGUGGACAUGAAAAACAACCAGCGGCAACAGUGCUAAACUAGUCUAAUUCCACAGGAAAACUGCAAACUUGGUAACAGUGAUUGUGAUGGUCUUAGUGACGAUUCUGGGGCUCUCUGGUCACUCUGCCUGUUUGGAGGCCCCUAAAAUUGUCCAGUCAAAAAUAAACCAGCUCAACCUAAACCUGCCAUUUAUUGUUUAAGAACCUAUAGAUAUUUAGAAAAAAACUGAUGCUUAUGUUUUCCUAUUUAUUUGAUCUUUUUAUUUAUUAAUGAGGACAAAACUGAAGAUUUAAGAGGUCCUCUGAUGUGCUUUUUAGAUAUGUCUUUCAAUACUGUGGCAUCAGCUACUGAAGUACAAAAUGAAACUGUAAUGAAAUCAUUUGAUGUGCACAAUGCGUCAAAUUUCAGCCUGAAGCUUGUACUUUCAGAUCAAAAAGGUACAAUGAAACAGUUUGAUCGUGUGUAUAUUUGUUUCCUUCUCCCUGCAUUGAUUUUCAUUAGUGCCUGUUUAAUGGGAUGAUUUAUCAAUUAUACAUUUUUAAUGUUUCUAUUUAAUGUAUUUAAUUUUCUAUUAAACAGUUUUCAUCAAGUUCUUACUGUAAAUGUAGCCAUUUCUUCGUGCGAGAGGGUGCUUGAUUUAUUUGAGCUCCUUCGUUUAGUUUUUUACGUCUUCUCUAACACCUUGUUGAUCGUUUAUAUCGAGCAUUUUCAUAUUUUGUCCAUUAACUGUAAAUGACAAAUCGUGAUCACUCAGUGACAUUUAAAUCGGUUUUAGCCAAAAACACAUAACAGCAUCAUCAGUAGCUUUAGUCACACAUCCUGGUAGCAGUCAAGUUAAUGUUACACUUUUCAAAUGUAGAAGCACUCGAGUCAUGUUAGGACAAAACCAAAACUGUAGUGUCCUCUUGUCCUUUUUUUGUACUUCUCUUUCAAGUGAUUUUAAGUGCAUCGUGCACUAUGUACAAUUUCACAGCUUUCUUUUUUCUCGUAUCAUUUAAUUCGCAAAUCAUUCUGCUGUGUUUCACGUUGUGUGGUUUGCCCUCUUGUGUUCAAUCAGGGCUUUGUCAGUCACAACUCAACAUUGAUAGCCGCUAACAACCUGUACUUACGCUUGCAGGAGUCGGAUGGCACACUAGUAGUUUCACUCAGAAGGUCACUCAGGUUGUGAUGUCAAGUUGUCUCUCUGAACUACCAUGUUACCCCAGUUAUUGUAAAGGUUGAGCCUGUCCACUGUGGACUGAAUGUGAAUAAUGCAGCACUUGUAAAUAUUCUUCAAUAAAAAACAUUUUGACUGUA